GGUAACCCGGAUAUAGGGGGUGUGCCGAGGACGUCAUUGUUCAGGCGCUUUUCCCCCGGCAGUAGGAGGGGAUGGAGAGAGCCGGAGACCCGAGGCGGCAUUGAUUGUGGUGAUUAUGUACAGUGAGAAAUCAUGACUAUAAUAGACAAAGUAUCCUCGGCUCAAGCAGCGUGCCAGGAUCAAGUGUGCAUUUCCGUCACGCCGUCGUCUGCCGACAUGGAUGCAGGUUCAGGAAUACGAGGUGUAGUUUCAGGCUUGGAUAAAACCUCGCUUGGACCUGUUCCUGGUGCUGCCGUCUACUCAAACGCGUCUGUUCCCGAUGAGGCUAUACCCGUGGAGGAGACAGAGCCACCCAUGACAGUGCCCGGGGAUGGCAUUGAUCCACCAGAGAAGAUUCUUUUUCCCACAGAGAAGCUGUCUCUGAAAUGGCAUCGAGUGCAGAAAGCUGGAGCCGGUCUCCAAAACCUCGGAAAUACCUGCUUUGCAAACUCUGUUCUGCAAUGCUUGACCUACACGGCCCCUCUGACCAACUACUUGCUUAGCCGUGAACACGUAAAAGCAUGUUGUGAUCAGGAUUUCUGUAUGAUGUGUGUGAUGCAAUCUCAUGUCUCACAAGCUUUGUCUAAUCCCGGUGGUGUCAUCAAACCGACUUGUGUCAUCAACGACCUGAGAAGGAUUGCAAAACACUUCCGUUAUGGAAAUCAGGAAGAUGCACACGAAUUUCUUCGCUUUACGGUGGAAGAGCUUCAAAAAUCCUGUCUCAAAGAUAAUUACAGGUUUGAUCGCCAAACUCAAGCCACGACUCUUAUCCAUCAAAUAUUUGGCGGUUAUCUUCGUUCUAGGGUGAAAUGCCUGAACUGUAAAGCGGUCUCUGACACUUAUGAGCAAUACCUGGAUAUCACGUUGGAGAUAAAGUCUGCGCAUAGUAUUAAACAAGCUUUGGAGCAGUUCGUCAAACCUGAACAACUUGAGGGCGAGAACGCUUAUAGGUGCAGCAAGUGUAAACAAAUGGUAACCGCAUGUAAAAGAUUCACCAUCCACCGAACAUCGAAUGUGCUGACGCUAUCGUUGAAACGGUUUGCUAGCUUCACAGGAGGCAAACUUUCUAAAGAAAUAAAAUAUCCAGAAUAUUUUGACAUCCGUCCAUACACCUCCAAUCCCAACGGCGAACCAAUUAUUUAUGAUCUGUAUGGUGUCCUCGUUCAUUCUGGUUUUAGCUGCCACAGUGGACAUUAUUUCAGUUACGUUAAGGCCAGCAAUGACCAGUGGUAUCUAAUGAAUGACUCCGUUGUAUCCAGCACAGACAUCCGUACAGUGCUGAAUCAGCAGGCAUACCUUCUGUUUUAUAUCAGGUCCCAGGACACACGCAAUGGGACAUCACCUUACACCCUCCAUCCUGCUGGUCCAAGCUCUCCGCAGCCAAGUAGCAGCCAGCGAGCCGGUAACAGCAAGCCAUUUGUCGGUCCCUCGCAUAUGGUAAAGAACACAAAACACGUCAAUGGAGACCAUUUACAAAAAAUAAUUGUGAACAGCAAUGCCACUGUGAAAAGGUCAUCUUUAACUAGUGCAACAGUUAACCGACCAUCUGUCAGUUUAUCUGCAAAGAAACAAAAGAUCACAAUAAAUAUAAACAAACUCUCAAAUCAUCAAACUAAAUUACACAAGACAGACUUUGGAAACAAGUCCAUCUCUUCGUCCCCUGCUACCAGGCAGAUCCCAGCACACUCUACCUCAAGAGUUUGUACUCCCCUGGCUCAUAAGCAGGUGCCUCAGAACACCUGUUCUGCACCAAUAGUAAAUGGCAAGUCCGGUGGAAGUUUGCGGACACUUGUACCUUAUGGGGAAGAAUCUUCUGAGGAAUCUGAAGAAGAGUUAAAGGGAUCCAAAGAGGCGCCUUUAAAUGAGAUUAUUGAACAAAAUGGGCCUUCCCUGUCUAAUGACACAUCUUCCCCUGAUGGAAAAGACGUUACUAUUGCCCAGACAAAAGAGAUGUCUAUAUGUGCAGCUGCUCAGAAUGGUGUCCACAGCCCGAGUGCCAAUGGCAUCGCAAACGGACUUUCUAACUACAGUAAAGAAACUCUUCACUGCUCUAAUGGUCCUUCCAAAGCCGACGACCUAGAUUAUCAUGAUGACUCCGUUUUACCGGUGAUUGAGAAAUCGCUUCAUUCAACAACCUCCUCGAACAAACCAGAGAACCAGUCACCAGAGGAAAACAGAUUGCAAGAUUUAGGAGAUAACGCUACUGUCAACCAAAAUACUGCAGCUCAAAGUGAUAAACCUCCGUGUGUUGACAAGACUGCGGCGCUGCGGUCUUCCCGAGAGGAGGGAAAGGCUCACGGUAACGUAAAUGGAACAGUUGAAGCCACAUUCGCCAACAGCCAUGAUUGGGUGUCUUCCACUUCACAUCUGUUGCCUGAUCUUCAAGAGAGAUGUCCGGUUUUAAAAAAUGGACAUUAUUCAGCAAAUCUGGAUGAAGAGGCAUUUCCAAGCACCAAGCACAUCAAAAGGGGGAAUCACCCAAGAAGUGAAAGGUGCCGCUCAGACAGCAGUGAGCGAGAAAAGUCUAAAAGUAACGGCCAUGGUCGUAGCCGGGAACGAAAAUCUUACAGUAGAGAGAGAAAGAGGUAUGACCGCAGCCGACAAUCUCACGGUGACUAUAGACACCGUGACGACUACAGAAGUCAGUACUCUCAUAAAGACUACGACAGACACAAUCAUUAUGGAAGAAGGUCAAGGAGCCCAGACUAUUCUAGAAAAUAUGACCAUCCGAAGAGGGCUCGUUCUCGCAGCCAUGAAAGGAACCAUCAGGAUAGAAAACGGAGAUGUGACAACUACCAAAAUCAUGAUUAUUCCAGUAGUUUUAGAAAUGCCAGAGAGAGGCCUUAUGAAGAGAGAGACAGUAGAGAUCACAGGAGCUGGUGGAGUCAUCAUAGUAGAGAGAAAGGACACGAGCACUUGUAUGAAGAUAGGCAUAACCGAUAUUACAUUCCAUCUGUACCUCGGCGCUCUGAUGGUUCUUAUGAGAGAACCAAAAACUCAGAGGAUCACUAUCGCCACCAUUACGAGGACACUUAUUACAGAAGGCGGCAACACGAGGACUUAAAAUCGAGACCAAAACCUUUUGAACAACAGAAUGGAAGAAAGCGCAGGUCCUCUGACAUCGAAGACAACUGUAACGUGGAGUUUGGCGUUAAGCGCAAAGUCAUGCGCAUUGCAGCGUAA